AUGGCUUCAUUGGAAGAUAUUAAAUUGUUUCAUGUAAAAACUUAUGGUACUGAACCUGAGCAUGUUGGAUUUGCACCUGGAAGAGUGAAUAUUAUUGGAGAGCACACUGAUUAUAAUGAUGGAUAUGUUCUUCCUGUUGCUAUAAAACAAGGCACUUAUGUCAGUGUUUCAACUAAACCAUCAACCACUAUUAAAAUGAAUUUUAUUAGUUCCAUAGAUAAUAAACUUGUAUCUGUUGAAAGAGAAAGUAAAGAGAAGGUAUUAGAAAAAUAUAAAGGAAAAUGGUUUAUGUAUGUCUACGGUGUUGUUGAUAAAUUACUUACCAAAGUUCAAUCUGAACCAAAAGAAUAUUCUGUUUGUGUUAUGGGAGAUGUUCCUUUAGGAUCAGGACUAAGUAGUUCUGCAUCUAUUGAAGUAGCCACUGGAAUUACUUUCUUAAAGGUUUUGAAUAUUGAAAUGACUGGUGUUGAACUUGGAUUAUUAGCUGUUGAUGUUGAGCAUGAAUAUACGGGUGUUAUGUGUGGUAUUAUGGACCAAUUUGCAUCUCGGUUAUGUAAAAAAAAUACUGCUUUGUUAUUAGAUUGUAAGACUCAUCAAACAGUUAAUGAACCUGUAGUUCUUGGAGAUUGUCUCAUUAUGAUUACUAACUCUAAUGCUCCUCAUAAAUUAGAAUCAUCUCAAUACAACGAACGAGUCAAACAAUGUCAAGAAGCUGUACGUCAAUUAAAUGAACAUUACCAUAAGAAUGAAAAAUUUUUAAGAGGAUUUACUGUUGAUGAAGUUCAGAUUCUUACUGGAAUCGUUGGUAAUAGAGCUAAACAUGUUAUUAAUGAAAAUGAUAGAGUUAUGAAAGCCAUAGCUGCUAUGAAAGUUGGUAAUGUUGAAGAAUUAGGUAAACUAAUGACAGAAAGUCAUAUGUCAUUACGAGAUCUAUUCGAAGUUUCUAGUGAGGAACUAGAUUAUUUGGUUGACAAUGCCUUAAAAAUUAAUGGGGUAUUUGGUUCUAGAUUAACUGGAGCUGGGUUUGGUGGAUGUACUGUUACAUUACUAAAACCAUCUGCUAUCGGUGAGUAUAAAAAGAUGUUAGAAGCAUAUAAAGAAAAGUUUAAUCUUCAUCCAUUUUGUUUCAUUCUUAACCAACCAGAAGAUGGGGCUCAUUUGAUUUUUUAA